CAGUCCACGAUAUACAGUCUUUACAGUUAGACCACCAUUUAUCCAGAGCAGGUGUUUAAACUUUCAAAAACCACCUUCAUCAUCUUUUCUCCUUUUUCACUUUUUCAGACGUUUGAGAAAUAACGACACAUGUGAUGCUACAACUUCUUCGUGUUUAAUUGGAAUUGAUCACUUCUAGUUUUGCUGAUUAACGAUAUUGUGUGGAUUCUCUGGUUUCCUGGAUAUCAUAUGAUAAAUUACUGUGUAAUAUACUUGACUUAUAUAGAGUGACAUAUUAUGCUGAGGGAGAUGUAAGAGAGAAAUUAAUCUUAACACUACAGAUCUUACACUGCACUAUAUACAAUGGACGAUUGUCUGUUGAUUGUUUCCUCGAUCCUACUGGUGGUCGGCGUUAAUGCUCACUCGUUAUUCAUGCUCUCCAGUGACCCGGGACAAAUACGUCAACAGGUCCGAACCAUCUACCACACACACAAACAGGAAAUGUCGAGACUUCCAGUACAGACUCAAGAUGUUCGGCCGUCACACAUCCGUCCAAAUUUCCACGAGCAGUUCGUGUUACCAAGCCGAGAGAGGAUGAUCAGGAAACAGACCCGUCUAGCCGAUCUGUCGCUUGGAGCCAUCAAGCAGAUCUGUACCAGUACUGGUAGCACAGUUUACGAGUUGCUGGAAAAACCGAGUUGGCAGGAAGCAAUCAGAACUGAGUUUGGCCAUGACUGUCAGGACCUAUCGGCUAAUCUCACCUGUAAUCCACUAAGUCGGUUCCGCACUAUAGAUGGCUCGUGUAACAAUCCGUUUAACCCUACUUGGGGCAUGGCGGCAACACAACAAAAACGCUACCUCCGGCCCGUGUACCAUGAUGGUAUAAACUCACCACGCCUUAUGGGUAGGGAUGGACUACCUCUCCCAAGUGCCCGCCUUGUCAGUAACGUUGUCCACAGUUCCGGAGGGUUCGUUCGUCAGGACUGUCAUCUAUCGGCUAUGGUGAUGCAAUGGGGGCAAUUUCUUGACCAUGACCUCGUCGGUACGCCUGUCCUCAAAAAAGAUAAUGGAUCGUCCUACGAAUGUUGCGGUGCUGAUUCAUCAUUUGAUGGCUGCUUCCCAGUAGAUAUUCCUCCCAACGACGACCAUUUUGAAGGGACGUGUAUGAACAUGGUAAGGUCCGCACCAGCAGUUGGACCGGAAUGCACUAUAGGUGUACGAGAACAAAUGAACAAAGUGACGUCAUAUAUAGAUGCUUCGGCAGUUUACGGCUCUUCUCGGGAGGAAGAGGACUUCCUGAGGAUAAAGACAAGAGGUCUGUUAAAAGAGGGAGAAAAUCGAAUGCUGCCACCUAGCGGCAAAGACAACUGUAUACAGAGGACUUCAGAUGACGUGUGUAUGACAGCAGGUGAUGACCGUCCUAAUGUUGUACCUUCGUUAGGAGCCAUACACACUUUAUUCAUGAGGGAACACAAUAGGAUAGCCGCCAUGCUCGGCGUCCUGAAUCGUUUCUGGGACGACGAGAGGAUUUACCAAGAAACACGCCGAAUUAUGUCUGCACUGAUACAACAUAUCACAUACUUCGAAUACUUACCUUUAAUUCUAGGUAAGCGGAUUAUGGAGUACUAUGACAUUCUACCAAACAUUGAAUCCUUGGAGGCAAGCGUCUAUAAUACGUCAACCAAUGCCGGAAUAGCUAAUGUCUUUGCCGUGGCAGCGUUUAGAUUUGGUCAUUCGCAGAUUCCUUCUAUUCAAACGUUUAUUGGACCAAGAGAAUCCUACCGGCGUGACUUUCGGAUUGAGAGUACGUAUCACAGACCAUACUUUGCACAAUUCAAUAACGGACAAGGUGCAGAGGAUGUGUUGAGAUGGCUAGUCAAAGACUCACAGCCGGAAACAAACAGAGUUUUUGUUCGAGGCGUACGGGAUCAGUUAUUCCUAAGGAACAACGUCAGCCUCGAUCUGGCAGCUAUCAAUAUUCAGAGGAGUCGUGACCAUGGCGUGGCGCCAUACAAUUCGUGGCGAAAGUGGUGUGGCCUGGAUAGCGUCCGGCAUUUCGGGGUUGGACAGGAUGGGCUGGUUCACCAUGACCCAGAUACAGCCAGACUACUUCAACGGGCUUACCGUGAUCCAGACGACAUAGAUGUCCUAACAGGGGCCAUAUCGGAACGUCGCAUCAAAGGGGCCAGUGUCGGCCCAACAUUUGCCUGCAUUAUAGGAUACCAAUUCAAGGAGCUCAAGAUGGGGGAUAGGUUCUGGUAUGAAAGGGCGCAUCCCAUCACAGGCUUUACAGAUAGACAAUUGAGGUCGAUUCGAAGAAUGCGAUUAUCAAAGAUUCUUUGUGAAAAUUUCAACAUUACACCAUUACAGAAAAAUGUAUUUCUUCUUCCGGAUAGCAGGGGUAAAUCCAAAUCCACUCACCCAGUGCCUUGUCACUCACUUCCGGAUCUAGACAUCCGCGCAUGGCAGGACUACAGAUACGGAGACUCAAAGUAGACAACUGCUUGUCAAAUGUGUCGUCUGAUUAUGGAUUUGAAGUUCCUAUUCCGAUGAAAUCUUGGGCCAGUUGAGACGUGUGCUAUAUGAAAAAUUGAUUGGCAUGUAUCUGCCACGAGGAGGACAAGAGUUGGUUUAAAGUGUUUGGCAGUUGUGUAGACACAUUUGGUAAUUCUGUAUACUGACUUCAGAAUCAAUACUUCUAUAUGUACCAACCGAAAGGUUUUUAAUGCUUCAUAUUGACUGAUCGAUGUAAAUCCAUAACAAAUCUAUCGAAAUGUUAUAUUCGAGGAAUACUUGACACCAUCAUUGUCCUUCGUGGCGCAAACUGUUUAUUCCGGAACACAACAAGACAAACCUAAUUUUCGGAACUAACAGAACAUAACGACAUGAUGGUAUUAUCCGGAAUUAAGGCAUUUGGUGGUCAGAUGAAAAUAUAUAUUUUACAUAAUAUUAUAUGUAAUAGAAAUGCCAGCAACAAGGAUAGGUAACAGUGAUUUCGGCAUUGCUGGUAUUGGCAUUGUCCAGCCUUCGAUGUGCAAGGAUGUAAUUUCUGUUGAGAUUGCCGUCGCGACAUUGUACUGCAGGCAAAAAAGUUCAUUAGCUGGAUAUAACUGUUAAAAGACAUGUUCAUAGCUGUGACAAGAACGUUUCUAUUUGUGUUCGCCCGCAGCUAGUGACAUUGUUUAGCAAUGCCUCGUGUAGUGCCAACGCUUUUUAAGAUCAUUAAUACAAUAACUCCAGCUACUCAAUAUAUUUUUGAUACUAGAGGUGUAUAAAUUUGGAGCAAUAUAAUCCAGGUUUUAUAAAUUUAAUAAUUCUUUCA